AUGCAUUUUAAAAGUUUGUUUUUGUUAUCUUUGUAUAUUGUUAUCUGUGCUGCGUCAGAUGGUGCUGUCGAAUCGAGGGGAAAGAAGAAAAAACUCGCACUAUUUGUAUUCCUAGCAGAUAUCGUGCUAAAGAAAGUGUUUAUCUUAAAGUUGGUGUACGCGUUUAUUUUCUGGAUUAUCAUUCACAAAGCUGGCUACUUCCUUUCCUGGUUCGUGAGCUAUCUGAAGGAACAACACCAUCAUCAUGAAUACACACCUCACUUUGAGCACAGCUAUGGGCCACAAUUCGAGUCUAGUUAUGGACCUUAUAAAAGAAAAAGUCAUGGUAUUCAUUAG